CAUUCUCAGAGUUUAGCCAGUUUAGUCAUUCUCAGUGUUUAGGUGUGUGAGCUUCUCUCUCCUUCCCUAACUAAGAGGAUUUGCUUUGCUUCCUCCUGUGGAACUCAGAGGAGGCCUGAUUGAUUUCCUGUUGAGAUCAGAUGUAAUACUUCCUCUCCACGGCUUUGUAUUUCUCCCUGCAGACCACCGAAGAGGAGCUAUUUGGGAACAGCGACGAGAGUCCUGCUUUUGUGGAGUUCUGGGGGACAAGAUUGAGCUCCAUGACUUUAAAGGGAUCAGAGGAGGACUGGACGUCACCCACGGCCAGACAGGAACAGAGUCUGUCUACACUAACUUUCACAACAAGGAGAUCAUGUUCCACGUGUCCACCAAGCUGCCAUACACAGAGGGAGACUCCCAGCAGCUGCAGAGGAAGAGGCACACAGGCAACAACAUCGUGGCCAUCUUGUUUCAGGAGGAAAACACACCCUUUGUGCCAGACAUGAUAGCCUCCAACUUCCUGCAUGCCUAUGUGGUGGUGCAGGUGGAGAAUGCCUGCUCAGACAACGUCACAUACAAGUUACUGUUAGCCGAGGGAUAGUUGGACUCCUCACAGUCUAUAAACCUGUUCACGCCUCCUAUUUCAAUACAUAGAGACUCGGCCCAAGGCAACCUGCAUAUUCCUUAUUAGAUAUCAAUCAGUAACUGACUGGAACUAACUGUCCUGCUUGUUCCUGCCAAUUACCUGCCUCAUAAAUAUUUAUAGAGGCUAGUCAGUGUUAUGUAAUUUAGUGAUGGCAUAUGGGCUGUUGUCAUUUGGAUACAUUAUACCUCUCUUCCUCCUUGUGACAGUGAGAGAUAGUUUACAAUUUUCCAUGAGUUUUGUUUUUCCAUGCCAUUUUCAAAUGAACCACUGUUUAUUUUACAGUAAUGUUUAUUUUCAUGUCAUGACUCCCCUGUUACCUUGCUGUCAUGAGUGUUACCUUGCCCUCCCUUGUUACCGUGCUGUCAUGUGUGUUAAAUGGGCGCUGCAGGAAGCCAGUCUGGCAUGGAGCUGUACAUGGCAGGCAGUUGUCGAGAUAAGAAGUGUAUGCAUGCAUCUUUUUCCACUUUGUGUCAUUUUACAGUACUCUGGCAUGCAAUUCAAAGAAAUAGCUGUUGGUUCACUGUUGGUUUACUAAUGACCUUUUCCUACAUUCUCACAUGCUAAGUCUUUGGAUUGUGCCAGUCCCUCCUCUCCAUCUCUCUACUUCUCAUCUACCUAUUUAAACAAGUCCACUUUGUGAUUUGACAAACUCCUCCUUGUGUUUGUUCAUUGUCAAGGAAAGAAGAGUGAGACCAAGCUACACAGGCUAUUCUGCCCAUAAGCUGUAUCUUAUUCAAUUUCCUUCCACACUCUGUGGUCUCUUACUUUAGUCCAGCUUUCAAUGUGAAUGGCCUUUAAAUAUGUGCUCAAUAUGUCUCCUGUCUUCUGUAUGGGGCGGCAGGGUAGCCUAGUGGUUAGAGCGUUGGACUAGUUCAAAUCCCCGAGCUGACAAGAUACAAAUCUGUCAUUCUGCCCCUGAACAGGCAGUUAACCCACUGUUCCUAGGCCGCCAUUGAAAAUAAGAAUUUGUUCUUAACUGACUUGCCUAGUAAAAUAAAGGUAAAAUAUGGUGUA